CACACUCGUUGCAGAAAAUAUUUUUCGGAUUGACUUGAUUAUUGACUUGGUUUGGCUUUAAGCCUUUUCCCUAACCUUUCAGCCCUCUUUUCCUGUUUUAGUUCCCCCCUGACUUGAUUUUCUCCCUUAAAAUUUGUUGAAUCACUAAAAUCUUGCGAUCUCUCCUUCGUGUUUGGUUCCUCGUGAGUUUUUUGUUAUCUUGGAAAAAGCCGUGAUCCGUCUUGACCCUACCAUUAUGAGUUCCAACGGAGAUGAGGGAGAGGGUGCUGUCAGGACAGAAAGCCAUCCUUCUAAAGGCCGCAGUCAUCCUUCAAAUCUUGUUGUAAAAAUGAUAAUGCAAGGCAAGGAUAUUGGAAGCAUAAUAGGGAAGGGUGGAGCAACAGUUAAAAACUUUAGGGAGGAGAGUGAUGCACAUAUUAACAUCUCUGAUGGUUCAACCCCAGAAAGAAUUGUAUCUGUCACUGGUGCAAAGCAAUCUGUUGUAACUGCAUUUACUCUGAUUAGUCAGAAACUUGAAGAGGAACUAAUUAACAAUUCUAAGAGUAACAUUACCCCGCCUGUCACUUUACGUUUAAUUGUUCCUGGUAGUCAAUGUGGAUCCAUUAUUGGCAAGGGAGGAACUAAAAUCCAAGAAAUAAGAGAGGUGUCAGGUGCAUCUGUUGUGGUGGCUGGAGAGUUUCUCCCAGGAUCAACUGAGAGAGCUGUUACACUUUCAGGAACACCAGAGGCACUUGCGAUAUGCAUUGAGCAUCUUUGCACUGUYAUGUUAGAGUUCCCAGCCAAAGGUCACACAAUGCCUUACACACCACACAAACCUGAUCAUCAUUUUGGCUUCUAUCCACCACAGCAUUAUCAAGGUUAUCCAGGACAGUUUAUGGCACCAGUAUUCCACAAUGGGUACAUACCUGGAAGAGGAGGUUAUGGAGGAGGAAGAGGUGGCAGAGGUAGGAUGCAAGGUGCAACAAUGAAUCAAGGUUAUAACAAAGGUCCACCAACAUCACACACUAUGGUUAUACCUAAAAAUGCUGUUGGGAGUAUUAUUGGACAAAAAGGCAGCUACAUCACUGGCAUAAGACAAAUGUCUGGUGCAAGUGUAAAGAUAAGUGAUGGAGAAAGCGGAUCAGAUAAAAAAGAAGUUUUAAUAACAGGAACAGCAGAAGCUGUUGGCUUGGCACAGUUCUUAAUUAAUGCUCGUUUGAGACAAGAUGGUAAAGCACCAAUCAUUGAUGACGAAGAAAAGGGACGAUCAGAAGAAAGUGAAAAUACUGGAUAAUGGCUAAUCCCCUACUSUACCUAUUAAUAUAGAAUUAGAUAUAAUCUAAAACUUUUUCAGCCAACAACUCCAACUCGUCUAACUGAAUAAUCUCCCUGGUUGUACAAGUGGUGGGUAAGCUCAUCUGGACCRUUGUCUGUAAUGACUGGAUAACGAUUAGUUUGGUCGAUAACCAUAAUCCACCUUUUGUACAACUGKUUGAAGAACUUUUCAACUUUUMAAAAUGUUGUAUCACUUAAAACUAUCCGGCGUUGUUGGAUUGYCAAACAUCACACUUCAAACACGAAAACAGAAGAAAAGUUGAUUGGUGUUUGAUGCUCUGUCCAACAAUAACCAACUCCAUCAAGGGAGACCAACAAUUAUACUCUGGGUCGCUCACCAGUGAUGGAUGGUAUUCAGUGAUCAAGUUUUCGUUAGUCAGGAUAUUGAACUAGAUACUCUCAUUUCCUUCCUUAUCGUUCUUAGCCGUGGUUUAAAUGUCAGUCUUUUCAUCAGUAAAACACACGUUAAAUAGUCAUGAUGUGAAGAUCGAUAUUUCAACCAUCAGCUUUAAAUUGAUACRAAAAAACAUAAAGGGCAGGGAACAACGUAGUAACUUACAAUGGACUUUAUAAAUCGAUAAUUAUACCAGAUACCAAGACCCAGUCUUGUAAAUAGAGAAUUUUAGAAUAACUUAUAGAUAUAGAGAUUUAGAAAAUCGAAGUAAUAAAAUAUCUGAACAUUGAA